AUUUCUGAACAUUUCGGCCUUUUCCGUGCGCUGCACCGUAAAGCCGCGUUCUCCGGCUGCACGGCGGAGCGGCUUGCACUGGCGUUGCAGGGUUAAGGCGACAGAUUCUGUCCGUCGGUAUUAUGACAGACGGAGAUGACACACAUCCAGAGGGAGCUGUGUUUGUUUUGUAUGGCGAAAUGAGGAUGAGGCAGGAGGUGGAGAGUCGCCACAGAGACGCUGGGUUCCGUCCAAACAUCACCGCAUUUUAGCACUUCUUCAGUGCUCGGGAUUUGAAUUACAUUGCAUCUGCUGCACCCUUGAUUUUUUUUUUAUAGUGCAUGGUGGAACAUGCAGCUUGUUUGAGGACACCCCCCUUCCACAUACCCAUUGCUGCCAUGAUAGGCAGAGGUCUCCUCUCGACCGUGGCUCGGCCGGUGGGAGAAGAGGCAGAUUGAUUUGGGACGGUGGGUCAUAUCUGCGGAUGUUAUUCCGUCUGUGGACCCUGUAAAUAUCAUCCGCACACGCUCGCCGUGAUUCUUACUCAGGGAAAAAAAAAAAAAAGGAGAAAGAAAACAACAUGUCUUCUCGAUCUGCAUUACCGUCUGGAAACGACAGGAGUAGUGGAGACCAUCAUGUGUCACUGGGGGCCAGCCGCUCAGAUAAGGCCACCAGCCAGUCCAGCCGCUCGCUGGGUGCCCGGUGCAGGAACUCCAUUGCCUCUUGCUCUGACGAACAGCCGCACAUAGGCAACUACCGUCUGCUCAAGACCAUCGGCAAAGGAAACUUUGCCAAGGUCAAGCUGGCCCGCCACAUCUUGACGGGCAGGGAGGUUGCCAUAAAAAUCAUUGACAAAACUCAGUUGAACCCAACCAGCCUACAAAAGCUUUUUCGGGAGGUACGAAUAAUGAAAGGCUUAAAUCACCCCAACAUAGUGCAGCUUUUCGAGGUGAUUGAGACGGAUAAGACCCUUUACCUAGUCAUGGAAUAUGCCAGUGGAGGUGAAGUGUUUGACUACCUCGUGUCUCACGGGAGAAUGAAGGAAGUUGAAGCAAGAGCCAAAUUUCGACAAAUUGUUUCUGCUGUCCACUACUGCCACACGAAGAACAUUGUCCACAGAGAUUUGAAGGCGGAGAACCUUCUGCUGGAUGCCGAUGCCAACAUCAAGAUCGCUGACUUCGGCUUCAGCAAUGAGUUCACCCUGGGCAACAAGCUGGACACGUUCUGUGGCUCACCGCCCUAUGCUGCACCUGAGCUUUUCCAGGGAAAGAAGUAUGACGGACCCGAGGUAGACGUCUGGAGUCUGGGAGUCAUCCUCUACACGCUGGUCAGCGGCUCGCUGCCCUUUGAUGGGCAGAACCUGAAGGAGCUGAGGGAGCGCGUGCUGAGGGGAAAGUACCGCGUGCCCUUCUAUAUGUCCACAGACUGUGAAGGCAUCCUUCGCCGAUUCCUGGUGCUCAAUCCCGCCAAACGCUGCACGCUCGAGCAAGUCAUGAAGGACAAGUGGAUAAAUUCAGGGUAUGAGGGGGAAGAGCUGAAGCCCCAUGUAGAACCUGUUGAGGACUACAGCGAUCCAAAACGCAUAGAGGUUAUGGUCGGGAUGGGCUUCACUCCAGAGGAAAUCAAAGACUCUCUGCUUAAUCAAAAAUACAAUGAGGUCACCGCUACCUACCUACUGCUUGGCCGCAAAGGCGAUGACGGCGGUGACGCCCGCACCGCUAGUAGCCUGUCCCUGGCGAGGGUACGACCCAGCCCCAUCACCAACGGGACUAACAAGCACUCCUCGGCCACUGGUUCCUCCUCCUCCUCCACCUCUUCUUCACAUAGCAAGACUCAGCGUAGUGCCUCCACCUACCACAGGCAGCGACGACACAGCGACUUCUUCCUCCACAACAAAGGCGGGCCCUCCAUGCCCGUCAUGCACCCCAAACGGAGCCCGACCAGCACAGGCGACCGGGAGUUGCGGGAGGGUAGGAUGCCUCCGCGCAAGGCCAGCUGCAGUGUGAUGGGGAGCCGCAGCCUACCUCCCUCCAGCCCAAUGGUUAGCAGUGCCAACAACCCCAACAAGUCUGAGAUCCCAGACCGCCGCAAAGACAUGACUGCCACCACGAAUAACAUCCCUGGAAGCGCCAUGACACGCCGGAAUACAUAUGUGUGCACCGACCGUUCAGGCGCUGACAGACACUCUCUUCUGCAGAACGGCAAAGACAACAGCUCCCUGGGCCACCGUAUGCCGGCGGCUUCUCCCUCCACGCUCAGCAUCGCUGCGGCCGGAGCUGCAGGCUCCUCUUCCUCCUCAGACCGAUGCCGCCUGACCCGAGGCUCCACAAUCCGCAGCACCUUUCAUGGGGGACAGCUGAGGGAUCGUGGCCCCCCGGUCUACUCGGCCCCGCCUACUUCACCCACCCUGUCACACCACGAUGCCAGCCCAUUGACCCACGCCCGCACCAGGGCCACCUCCAACCUCUUCACCAAGCUGACCUCGAAACUCACUCGCAGGGUCGCAAAUGAAUCUGAGGGAAUCAGGAGAUUUGCGGUCACAAGUUGCCAUCUACCUGGGUAUCAAAAAGCGUCCGAGCCCCGGGCCGUCGGACGUGGCUGGGAUCUGAGAGGUGGUGGGCGGCGGGACCCUGCGGAGGUGGUACUGGCUCUGCGGGAGGCAGCUCUCGGAUGUGGCUGUCAGGUCCACCAUGCUGGCCCCUUUCUGCUCUCCUGCACCCAUGGCGUGGCAGGGGGCCGCGUGGCUUUCGAGGCUGAGGUGUGCCAUCUUUCCACGGGCACCUCGGAGACUUCUAACGGUGUGCGCUACACGCGACUCUGGGGGGCGCCGCUAGCUUUCCGGGACAUUGCCACCCAAAUCUCUAAGGACCUUGAACUUUGAUUGGGAGGGUGUGUUUGCAAACGAGUGCGUGGUUUUGUGUGAGUGUUGAUGUGUGUGUGCGCAAAGGGAAUUAAAAAAGAAAACAAAAAACAGAGAAGAGGUGAGGGGCU